CCGGCCCUUCCCCUGCUCCCCGCCCGCUGCCGCUUCACCCGCGCGGGCGGCCGCCACGCGAGCUGCGGCCUCCGCCCAGGCGGGGGGCGUCGGCGCUGGGCCCACCAUGGCCGCGUCCGAGCUCUACACCAAGUUUGCCAGGGUUUGGAUACCUGAUCCUGAGGAAGUGUGGAAGUCAGCAGAGUUGCUGAAAGACUAUAAGCCUGGAGAUAAAGUGCUCCUGCUUCACCUUGAGGAAGGGCAGGAUUUGGAAUACCGUCUCGAUCCAAAGACCAAGGAGCUGCCUCACUUACGGAACCCUGACAUACUUGUUGGAGAAAAUGAUCUCACAGCCCUCAGCUAUCUUCAUGAGCCUGCUGUGCUACAUAAUCUCCGAGUUCGCUUCAUCGACUCCAAACUUAUUUACACAUAUUGUGGAAUAGUCCUAGUAGCUAUAAAUCCCUAUGAACAGCUGCCUAUUUAUGGAGAAGAUAUUAUUAAUGCAUACAGUGGCCAGAACAUGGGUGACAUGGAUCCUCACAUCUUUGCAGUAGCUGAAGAGGCUUAUAAGCAAAUGGCAAGGGAUGAACGCAAUCAGUCCAUCAUUGUAAGUGGAGAGUCGGGCGCAGGAAAGACAGUCUCAGCUAAGUAUGCCAUGCGAUACUUCGCAACUGUAAGUGGUUCUGCCAGUGAGGCCAAUGUUGAGGAAAAGGUCUUGGCCUCCAACCCCAUCAUGGAGUCAAUUGGAAAUGCUAAAACAACCAGGAAUGAUAACAGCAGCCGGUUUGGGAAAUAUAUUGAAAUUGGUUUUGAUAAGAGAUAUCGAAUCAUUGGUGCCAAUAUGAGAACUUACCUUUUAGAGAAAUCCAGAGUGGUAUUCCAGGCAGAAGAGGAGAGAAACUACCAUAUCUUCUACCAGCUCUGUGCUUCAGCAAAGCUACCUGAGUUUAAAAUGCUGCGAUUAGGAAAUGCAGACAGUUUUCAUUACACGAAGCAAGGAGGCAGCCCUAUGAUUGAAGGAGUAGAUGAUGCGAAGGAGAUGGCGCACACCAGGCAGGCCUGCACUCUACUGGGAAUUAGUGAAUCUUACCAAAUGGGAAUUUUUAGAAUACUUGCUGGCAUCCUUCACUUAGGCAAUGUUGGAUUUGCAUCUCGAGAUUCAGACAGCUGCACAAUACCUCCCAAGCACGAGCCACUUACCAUCUUCUGUGACCUCAUGGGUGUGGAUUAUGAAGAGAUGUGUCACUGGCUCUGCCACCGAAAGCUGGCUACUGCCACAGAGACAUACAUCAAGCCCAUCUCUAAGCUGCAGGCCACAAACGCCCGAGAUGCUUUAGCAAAGCACAUCUAUGCCAAACUCUUUAACUGGAUUGUAGACCAUGUCAAUCAGGCUCUCCAUUCUGCUGUCAAGCAGCACUCUUUCAUUGGUGUGCUGGAUAUUUACGGAUUUGAAACAUUUGAGAUAAAUAGUUUUGAACAGUUCUGCAUAAAUUAUGCAAAUGAAAAACUACAGCAACAAUUCAACAUGCAUGUCUUCAAACUGGAACAGGAGGAAUAUAUGAAGGAACAAAUUCCAUGGACACUCAUAGAUUUCUAUGAUAAUCAGCCUUGUAUCAAUCUUAUAGAAUCCAAAAUGGGCAUUCUAGAUUUGCUGGAUGAGGAGUGUAAGAUGCCUAAAGGCACAGAUGAUACCUGGGCUCAAAAACUGUACAACACACACUUGAACAAAUGUGCCCUCUUCGAGAAGCCCCGCAUGUCCAACAAAGCCUUCAUCAUCAAACAUUUUGCUGACAAAGUGGAAUACCAGUGUGAAGGCUUUCUUGAGAAAAAUAAAGACACCGUUUUUGAAGAACAAAUUAAAGUCCUUAAGUCCAGCAAGUUUAAGAUGCUACCAGAACUAUUUCAGGAUGAUGAGAAGGCCAUCAGCCCCACCUCUGCCACCUCUUCAGGGCGCACGCCUCUCACUCGGGUUCCUGUAAAGCCCACCAAGGGCCGACCUGGCCAGAUGGCCAAAGAGCACAAGAAAACAGUGGGACACCAGUUUCGGAACUCUCUUCACCUGCUCAUGGAAACCCUUAAUGCCACGACUCCUCACUACGUACGCUGCAUUAAGCCCAAUGAUUUCAAGUUUCCAUUCACAUUUGAUGAGAAAAGGGCAGUGCAGCAACUAAGAGCCUGUGGUGUCCUGGAGACCAUCCGAAUCAGUGCAGCAGGUUUUCCCUCACGGUGGACUUAUCAAGAGUUUUUCAGCCGGUAUCGGGUCCUAAUGAAGCAAAAGGAUGUGCUGGGAGAUAGAAAGCAAACGUGCAAGAAUGUAUUAGAGAAACUGAUAUUGGACAAGGACAAAUACCAGUUUGGUAAGACAAAGAUCUUUUUCCGUGCUGGUCAAGUGGCCUAUCUAGAAAAAUUGAGGGCUGACAAACUGAGGGCUGCCUGCAUCCGGAUCCAGAAGACCAUCCGUGGGUGGCUGCUGAGGAAGAAAUACCUGUGCAUGCAGAGGGCAGCCAUCACGGUACAGCGAUACGUGCGGGGCUAUCAGGCACGAUGCUAUGCCAAGUUCCUGCGCAGGACCAAGGCAGCAACCACCAUUCAAAAGUACUGGCGCAUGUAUGUGGUCCGCAGGAGGUACAAGAUUCGACGAGCUGCCACUAUUGUCCUUCAGUCUUAUUUGAGAGGCUAUUUGGCAAGAAAUAGAUAUCGAAAGAUACUCCGUGAGCACAAAGCGGUCAUCAUCCAGAAGCGUGUCCGUGGCUGGCUGGCUCGUACCCAUUAUAAGAGGACCAUGCAAGCCAUCAUCUACCUACAGUGCUGCUUCCGGCGAAUGAUGGCCAAGCGUGAGCUGAAGAAACUGAAAAUUGAGGCUCGCUCUGUGGAACGCUACAAGAAGCUCCACAUUGGCAUGGAAAAUAAGAUUAUGCAGCUGCAGCGCAAAGUGGAUGAGCAGAAUAAAGACUACAAAUGCCUCAUGGAGAAACUGACCAAUCUGGAAGGAAUAUACAACUCUGAGACUGAGAAACUACGAAAUGAUGUAGAACGUCUUCAGCUAAGUGAGGAGGAAGCUAAGGUUGCCACUGGGCGGGUCCUUAGUCUACAGGAAGAAAUUGCCAAACUCCGCAAAGACCUGGAACAAACUCGCUCAGAGAAAAAAUGCAUUGAAGAACGAGCAGAUAAAUACAAACAAGAAACUGAGCAGCUGGUGUCAAAUUUGAAGGAAGAAAAUACUUUGCUGAAACAGGAAAAGGAGACCCUCAAUCACCUCAUCGUGGAGCAGGCUAAGGAGAUGACAGAAACUAUGGAGAAGAAGUUAGUGGAAGAGACAAAACAGCUGGAGAUUGACCUGAAUGAUGAAAGGCUGAGGUAUCAGAACCUCCUGAACGAGUUCAGUCGUCUGGAGGAGCGCUAUGAUGACCUCAAGGAGGAGAUGACCCUGAUGCUGAAUGUGCCUAAGCCAGGACACAAGAGAACAGACUCUACCCACAGCAGCAAUGAGUCUGAAUACACCUUCAGCUCUGAAUUUGCAGAAACUGAAGAGAUUGCACCAAGGACAGAGGAGCCAAGUGAGAAGAAGGUGCCUCUGGACAUGUCAUUGUUCCUUAAGCUCCAGAAGCGUGUCACGGAGCUGGAACAGGAGAAGCAGAUAAUGCAGGAUGAGCUGGACAGAAAGGAGGAGCAGGUGUUCCGCAGCAAGGCAAAGGAGGAAGAAAGACCACCAAUUAGAGGUGCAGAACUGGAAUAUGAGUCCCUCAAGCGUCAAGAACUGGAAUCAGAAAACAAAAAACUGAAAAAUGAGCUGAAUGAGUUACGCAAAGCCCUCAGUGAGAAAAGUGCCCCAGAAGUGACUGCACCAGGUGCUCCUGCCUACCGUGUCCUCAUGGAACAGCUGACCUCCGUGAGCGAGGAGCUUGAUGUUCGCAAGGAGGAAGUCCUCAUCUUGAGGUCUCAGCUGGUGAGCCAGAAAGAAGCCAUCCAACCCAAAGACGACAAGAACACCAUGACAGACUCCACAAUACUUUUGGAAGAUGUACAGAAAAUGAAAGACAAAGGUGAAAUAGCACAAGCAUAUAUUGGUUUGAAAGAAACCAACAGAUCAUCUACUAUGGAUUACCAGGAGUUGAAUGAGGAUGGAGAACUCUGGCUGGUUUAUGAAGGGUUAAAACAAGCCAACAGGCUCUUGGAAUCCCAGCUGCAGUCGCAGAAGAGGAGCCAUGAGAAUGAGGCCGAGGCCCUUCGUGGGGAGAUCCAGAGCCUGAAGGAGGAGAACAACCGGCAACAGCAGCUGCUGGCCCAGAACCUGCAGCUGCCCCCUGAGGCCCGCAUUGAGGCCAGCCUGCAGCAUGAGAUCACACGGCUGACCAACGAAAACCUGUAUUUUGAGGAAUUAUAUGCAGAUGACCCUAAGAAGUACCAAUCAUAUCGGAUUUCACUUUACAAAAGGAUGAUUGAUCUGAUGGAACAGCUUGAAAAGCAGGAUAAAACUGUCCGGAAACUGAAGAAACAACUGAAAGUCUUCGCCAAAAAAAUUGGUGAACUAGAAGUGGGUCAGAUGGAGAACAUAUCUCCAGGACAGAUCAUUGAUGAGCCUAUCCGGCCGGUCAAUAUUCCCCGGAAAGAAAAGGAUUUCCAAGGGAUGCUGGAGUACAAACGGGAGGAUGAGCAGAAGCUUGUCAAGAACCUGAUUCUAGAAUUGAAGCCACGUGGUGUGGCUGUCAAUCUGAUUCCAGGGUUACCAGCAUAUAUCUUAUUUAUGUGUGUGCGACAUGCUGACUACCUGAACGAUGAUCAGAAAGUAAGAUCAUUGCUGACGUCAACCAUUAACAGCAUCAAAAAGGUCUUGAAGAAAAGAGGUGACGAUUUUGAAACUGUCUCCUUCUGGCUCUCUAACACAUGCCGAUUUUUGCACUGUUUGAAGCAAUAUAGUGGAGAAGAGGGCUUCAUGAAACACAACACAUCUCGCCAGAAUGAACACUGCCUCACCAAUUUUGACCUUGCUGAAUAUCGGCAAGUGCUGAGCGACUUGGCCAUUCAGAUCUACCAGCAGCUUGUGAGGGUGUUAGAGAACAUCCUUCAACCAAUGAUAGUCUCAGGCAUGCUAGAGCAUGAGACAAUUCAGGGUGUGUCCGGGGUGAAGCCCACAGGGCUCAGGAAGCGCACCUCCAGUAUCGCAGAUGAGGGCACCUAUACGCUGGACUCCAUCCUGCGGCAGCUCAACUCCUUCCACUCAGUCAUGUGUCAGCAUGGCAUGGACCCAGAGCUAAUCAAGCAAGUGGUCAAGCAGAUGUUCUACAUCGUGGGUGCCAUCACCCUAAACAACCUCCUCCUGCGCAAGGACAUGUGCUCUUGGAGCAAAGGCAUGCAGAUCAGGUACAAUGUCAGUCAACUGGAAGAAUGGCUACGUGACAAGAAUCUAAUGAACAGUGGGGCCAAAGAGACCCUGGAACCUCUCAUUCAGGCUGCUCAGCUUUUGCAAGUGAAAAAGAAAACAGAUGAUGACGCCGAAGCCAUCUGCUCCAUGUGCAACGCCCUGACCACUGCCCAGAUCGUCAAGGUGUUGAAUCUCUACACACCUGUUAAUGAGUUUGAAGAAAGGGUCUCUGUUUCAUUUAUCCGCACUAUACAGAUGCGGUUACGAGACAGGAAAGACUCUCCGCAGCUGCUCAUGGAUGCUAAACACAUCUUUCCUGUCACUUUCCCCUUUAAUCCAUCCUCCCUGGCCCUAGAAACCAUCCAGAUCCCAGCCAGCCUGGGCCUGGGCUUCAUUGCCCGGGUCUGAAGUGCUGUCCAGGCAGACAUAGAGCAUAAGAACAGUUGUUUCCGGUGAGAUGGUGAAAAUGCAUUUCUAAAGAAAGAGUGCCGAUCAUCUCUAAAAGAAGACGUUAUCAACUGGAAACCCCCCUGGGCCCUUUCACUUGGGAAGAGACACUGUGUCCUGUGUCACCUUUAAAGCUGUUCUUCAUCAGUUGAGUUUACAUACAGCUACAUGAUGGCAGGGAGGAAUGAAAGGAGGGAACUGUGUGUGUCUCCAGCCUACAGCACUGAUUUUAAAUCUUUAGUGCUGCACUAAGUAACAUACAAAAGUACAAUUCCAUAUGUAUGAACUGUUGUUAGCAAGGCACAGAGAAAGAACUGGAAGAAAAAUCACCACUGAACACAUAUCAUAUCAGCUUAGGAGCCAAUCAUGUUGAUAUUGUCAAACUGGAUCGAAAAAAUAAAUUGGCAAUAUGUAAAGUAAUUGCCAAGUAAUGUCCUUAUGUGUGUCAUUAUGGUACAGCGACAGUAGAGAUGCUGGUUUGCUAGGUAGCAUAGUGGACCUUUUGUACUGUAGCCUACCAAGCAUCUUAAAUUACUGCUACAUGCUGUCUCCUGACGUAAGUGAUGCUCUUAUUAGCCACUGCACAAUAAGCUUCUCUUUCAUCACUGUUUACAAUUCAACCAGAUCAGUUUUAACUGGAUUAUAUGCAAUUAUCCACAGGUUCAUCUGCACAAGUAGCAGACACUGGAAGUUGCGUAGUCGUAGGACAAGUUGCUUGGUGUUUAGGAGUAGAGUCAGAGCGGCUGCUGAUGUCAUUGCUGAUCAGGAUGUAUUACAUUGAUAUGCUAAUUAAUUUUACCUGUGUGGCUAUCACACCAUGGUAUAGUGUUCUGUAAAAUUACUUAUUUUUAGUUCCCAAAUCUGAUUCUUGCCAUGCAUAUAUUCAACCUUAACAGGUUCUAUUUUUAAUUUAUUAAGUGUUAGCCUCAGUCACUAUCUAGAAAGGACUGUCAGAAUAUUUAUGAUUCAGAUCUUGAAACUUUGAUUAUCCUAUAAGUUAUUCAAAAAAGACAUAAUAAAUCGUUAUAAUUCAGGGGGUUCAGGUGUUGCAACCUCUAUAAAUGUUCUCAGAUACCACUGGAUACUUUAAAAACAUCAUAUUAUAAAUACAUUAAGAAGAUUUAUGCAAGAAAUAUAAGAAGAUUAUUACAUUUUAUAGAGGAUUUGGUUUAAGUAAGACCUAGAUUCUGUAAAUUUUCAUUAUGAAGUUCUAAUUAAGCAUAUUCUCCAUUUUUUUCCUGGAAAUCUUAUAUAAUAAAUCCUUUGGGUUAUGCCAGAACAAAUUCUUAGCUUUUAUUCCUCUGGUUCUUAAUUACAAUCAUCAGUUUAUAUAGUUUAACUAUAAGAUGGUCUAUAACAGUGACAUUUAAAAUAUGUGCAAUAUUAUUGAUGAGAGCUAAGCAGUUUCAAGUCAAUGAUAAAUACUGUUAUUAAACAGCGAUUAUUGUCCAUUAUCUUACUGGAGCCUGAAUGUCCUUGUUUAUAAAGUAAGAGGGUGGGACAACUGGUUGUUCCAGCUGCUUCCCCAUUUACAGUUCCCUGUGCUUGGUUCCUAGAGGAAGGGACCAUAGUUACUUAGUCCAUCCUGUUGGAAAGACCAGUGUUGAGUGCCCCUCAGUUCCCUAGGGUCAAUACAGUAAUCACAAGUGAAUGUAGGCACAAUGUUUUCUUAACAUAGUCAUUUAGAUACUUUAGAAAAAUCCCAAUAUAUUUGUAUUCUUUGAAAGUUACUUAGUUGAGGUAAUUUUUGUUACCUAAUGAACUGCUUCUUUGUUUGGAAUUUUGUUUUCUGUAGUGCAGGAAUUGAACCCAGGGCCUUGUGUAUGUUAAGUAAGUACUAUCACUGAGCUACAUACAAUCUCAACCCUUUAUCAGUUCUAAUACGUUUCUUUAUUUACAGAACCUAAAACACUAAUUCAACCAGAUUCAGUCUUCAUGGGCUUUCCACCUGGCUUCAGCUACUGCUCCAAGCCAUUUCAUUAGUGCUGUGUGUCACACAGCAGAGAGGCGUGCGGGUGGAGAGUUGCUAAGCGAACAGAGCCAUGUGUAGGCUGUCUUCCCUCCUCCCCAGCAGUCCUCCACACCCUGCUCCCAGCUUAAUCCUGUGUAGAUGACUGAUGAACACCCUGAGUUUUAUCUUGAAGACAUGCUAUCAUAGCCACUGUCCCUGCGGCCCCUUUCCUUACUCCAGACAUGGUGUCCUACAGCUUCUGGCACUUUCUCUCAUGUGUCUUUCUCUGCUGUCAAGAACUGGAGCUCCUGCUCCGUGGCUGUUCCGUGACAGUGGCUCGGAGUUUCUAGGAUUCCAAGCUCCAGCUCUUUCAAUCUAAACAACUCUUGUUUAUCUAGAGAGUUUUAAGUCCUCAGAAAAAUACCUUAUAACCAGGGAACCUCAAAACCUUGUAAGUGACUGUGUGUACUUUGUUAAGGAGGCACCAGGUUUCCGCUGACUAGGUAGGAUCACCUCCACUCUGUCAUCAGUAUCCCCAGCUUCAGAUACACACCCAGCUUCCCCCUGCCUGGCCCACUUCCCACCUCUUCCCUCAGCCUAAUUUACCGGCCGGCUGGCUUUCUGUGGCCCUGGUUGGCAUGCAUAGGACUCACCAUUCGGUGUCUGCACAUGCCUUUCUGUUCUCAUUUUUUUAUUCCUUAUCAUUAUCACAAAUUGGUCUUUCCAUAAUUCAACAGUGACACACUUGGACUCCCAGGAAGGAGCUCUUGAAAGGUCCAUAGCCCAGCACCGCUUCCGCUCAGCAGCCCCUGCCAGCAGCCGCCCACUUUCCCUGCUGCAGGGUGACAAGAAGCAGUUUGCCCUUCCCUUCCUGCAGCUUUUCUUAGCCCCAGUCUUGAGUCUGCCUUGGAGUAACUCCAAAGCGGGGAAGAUGAGCAUGAAGCAAGAUGCACACAGGACAGCUUGAUGGUUCCUUUGGAAACUUCGAGCAUUCCACAUGACCUGGCACUGCUUUGAACACGGAUAGACAGAACUGUAAUCCAAAGCCAAGUGGUAGGACAUUUAGAUUUGUGCCAUUUAGAUGACCUACUUCAUUACUGAUCCAUUUCAGUAGCUAAAGAAAGACUCCUUAUAGGUGAGCAAGUGUGUGUGAUACACACCCUUUAAUAGUGUAUACAGGAGGCUGUGGAUAUCCUUUGAGUCUCAGUGUCUUGAUUAUUGUAAGAAAUUACUUUUCUGACCAUUCUAGGAAAAGAGGAGCUACCACCAUUCUGAAAACCCCACAAAGAGUUCCCUCUCACAAACAGGCACCAGUUGAGAGUUCUUCAGGAGGCAUAAUCCAGGGUCCUCUGGGUAACAGCAGCCUCUUAGGAUAGAGCGCAAAGGUCCGGUGUGACCCUGCAUGGUCCUGUUGAAAGCAGUACAGAAAUAGUGCCCACAUGCAUGUGCUUUAUGACAGCACUCUUCAUUACCUCACUUCCUCACAGCGUUGACAGGAGAGAGCUCCCACAAUCAUUGUGAAGGGAAUUCGUGACAAUGAGAUGGUCGGUCAGUGACUUGCCCAGGGUGGCCCUGCCCUCUAGCAGUAAGGGCAGAGGCUGUCCUGUCCCUCCAGAUGCUGCGGGGUGACCUGGGCUAGUCAGGGUGCUGCUCUUCAUCUUUAUCGGUUUGUGGAAAUAGACAGAUGAUGAGCACCAACUGACUUCUUGGGAAGCCGGUGCCCAGUGCGCAUAGCACCAGCUGUCUGUCACUAGACUUGCCUUUUGUCAUGAAUCAGUGCUCCUUGACAGGGUAUGGACUCUCAAAUUUGAGGUUGUCCGAACUAAAAGGGCAGGGAGCAGUAAAAACCUCAGAUGUGAAGAGGCAAGGCAGGCCACUCUCCACAACCCUGAGGUUUCCCUGUGAGAGCCCCUGGCUGAGCUGCACAGCCUACAGAGAACUCUCCUCUGGUUUCAUGCUGCUGCUGCAUAGAGGAGCCCAGGACACUAAGUACCUCCCUCCCUGGGGCUGUCCACCCUGGGUGAGUCAGAGUAAGCUUGGAAGUGCCACAGCAUGCUGCAGGGGAGGAGCUAGGAGCUGUGCUGUGGGCGUGCAUGCAGGCACUUUGUGCUAGUGAGUUGUAGUUUGUUCACAGACUGUGCUGUGAGGGCCGCCUUAACCCUUGCCCCUUCCCUUUUAGAGCUGCCUUAAGUCCCCAGAACUUGUCCUCAGUGAGGGAUAUCUUGCCAUGUUUCUUGAGGUUUUGUGAGGAUUUGGAUGGGAUGUGACUUCCUACCACUGAUUCCUUCCUGCUCUUCCUGCGUCUCCCUGCCACCUCGGUACUGUCAUUUCCAGAGACUAGAAUGAAAUGUUAGCUUUAAGAAUGUUUCUGGGGUAGGGUAACUCCCUAUGACAGUAAGCAAAUGCGCAUGCGCCGAAGGGGACAGAGGUCAGAGUAUUGGGGGGGGGGGGUCCUCGCCUUUCACUAACCCUUUGGUAAUAAAGACAGAAAUACAACUCUAAAAAUUUUUUAUGGACAUCCUUUUAAAAUGUAAAGGUGCCCUACUGUGGAAGGCUGAGGAAACACAGGGAAGUAGCUGUGUAAGUUCUAAUCCAUUAGAGUACCUAAAUUAACUGUAGAAUUCUGGUCAGUUUCUCAUAGAUCAAAAACUGAAAGAUGCCAUGUCAAAGACAUCUCCCAAAUGCAUUUUAUACAUUUUUUUAUUUUAUAAUCUGAUCUAGCUAAAAAUGUUCAUUAGCUUAACGUCAUGGGUAGAAUUAGACUCAUAACAUAUCUGGAAACAACUAACAUUUCCUUGGCAUUGUGAUACUGCUUGGAAUAGUUGGGAAAGUUUUGGGUUUGCUUUUUAAGGUUGAAAUUGUCAUAUGUAAUUUAAUGCUUAGAAAGCUAAUGCAUUUCCAUGCCUUUUCCAGAGUCAGUUUCAAAUAACUUACUGUUAUUAUGUGUUAUAAAAUCUUAGCCUAAGUCACACAAGCCAUUAUUUUUCCUGAAAACAGUGAUUUCUCCUUUAAAUCUGGGUAAGUGUUGUGAUUUAUGAUCCCUAAUUAUGUUCUUUUGUGGGUUCCUGAAAUAAUAUCGAUUUUCUUGUGUUCUUGAAAGUUUAAAUUGUUCCAAAAGUAUUGCACAGAUGAGCCCAUGGCAUUGAACUUAGUGUGUUUUACUUUAACUGUUUAUAACUUAUUGUGGAAAGGACCUGCCUUUCAAUACAGUGAAAUGGGACACUGAAGCUUUCACAUCUUUUUCUCCCUUGGAUCUUGAGAAAGAGUUUUCUUGAUCUACACAGUUAAUCUCUGCAAAGUGGUUAGGUGAGGAAGCAGAAAUGCUGAAAGGUGAGAGGCAUUACCAAGCCUCUUCAGGUCUGAACUGAGCCCAUUCCAGAGUGUCUCACAGGAAGUCUUCUAGAAGGUUCACAAUUCACCUCAUAUCAACAAAGCCUUGGAAACGUGAGUUUUUCACUGGAUAUCACCUAAUAAUGUUAAAAGGAAAGCCAAAACAAUAUCAGAAUGACAUUCUGUGCUCUGAAUUUGUAGCUGUCUAAUGCUGUGCUUAGUAUCUGUCAUUAGCACUGUGUUCUCCUAGCUAUGGUAGAAAAUUGUUGAAAUAAAGAUAAGGAUAUAAAGAAAUUU